UUUAGAUUUUAUCCGCUUUAUUAAUGAGGCAGGAGGCGGGUCAGGGGCCGGUGCCCGGGGGAAGAGGGGGACCCAUGGGGAGGCCCCCCUCCUCGGGGGGAAGUUGGAGGGAGAGUGGCCGGGAGUGACGAGAGGGGUCCGCCCCCCACUGCCGUUGGGAGGCGCCGGCGGAGCCUGCACAGCCGCGCAGCACAGCGGGCAGCAGGGUGCGGCGGCUCAUGGGGACCCCGCGUCUCAGGCAGCAGCUGGGGUAAGCAGCAAGGCCAGGACCACAGUGCAGAUUUGGGGGUACCCUGUGCCUGUCGUGGCAGAGAGGGGUCGCUGGGGGGGCAGCUGGGCUCUUGGGGGCAGCGCUGCGGGUCGUGGGAGCAGACGCUGGACUGGACAGUGGGACAGAGUGGGAGGGCGGAGGCCAGAGGAGCUUGCGGGGUCUGAACAGGCCCCCCAUCUCUCCCCAGUGUUCCCUGUCGCACGUGACAUGAGCCCCUGCGGGCCCCUCAACCGGAGCCUGGCGGGCGAGGCCACCCCAUGCGCGGGACCGGGAGCCCCCAAUGCGUCGUCCGGGCCGACCCCUGGCGCAGGGGGCGCGUCGCCGGCGCUGCCUAUCUUCUCCAUGACGCUGGGCGCCGUGUCCAACGUGCUGGCGCUGGCGCUGCUGGCACAAGCCGCGGGCCGGCUGCGGCGCCGCCGCUCGACUGCCACCUUCGUGCUGUUCGUGGCCAGCCUGCUGGCCACCGACCUGGCGGGCCACGUGAUCCCGGGCGCGCUGGUGCUACGCCUGUACGCGGCGGGCCGCGCGCCGGCCGGGGCCGCCUGCCACUUCCUGGGCGGGUGCAUGGUCUUCUUCGGCCUGUGCCCACUGCUGCUGGGCUGCGGCAUGGCCGUGGAGCGCUGCGUGGGGGUGACGCAGCCGCUGCUGCACGCGGCAAGCGUCUCAGCGGCCCGCGCGCGCCUGGCCGUGGCCGCCCUGGCCGCGGUGCCCUUGGCCGUGGCGCUGCUGCCUGCGGCGCGCUUGGGCCGCUACGAGCCGCAGUACCCGGGCACGUGGUGCUUCAUCGGGCUGGGCCCCGCGGGCGGCUGGGGCCAGGCGCUGCUCCCCGGGCUCUUCGCCGGCCUCGGCCUGGCCGCGCUGCUAGUCGCGCUCGCGUGCAACACGCUCAGCGGCCUGGCCCUGCUGCGCGCCCGCUGGCGCCGCCGACCCCCGACGGCCGCGCCCCAUCUCCAACGCCGCCAACGCCGCCACGCGCCGGCCCGCGGCCUCCGCUCGGCCUCCGCCUCGUCCACCUCGUCGGCGCUCUCGGCCUCCGCCGGCUCAGGCCGCGCCCUGAGCCAGGGCUCAACGCGCCGGGCCCGCGCGCACGACGUGGAGAUGGUGGGCCAGCUCGUGGGCAUCAUGCUGGUGUCGUGCGUCUGCUGGAGCCCCCUGCUGGUGCUGGUGGCGCUGGCCGUUGGGGGCUGGGCCUCCAGCUCCCUGCAGCGGCAGCUGUUUCUGGCCGUGCGCCUCGCCUCUUGGAACCAGAUCCUGGACCCCUGGGUGUACAUCCUGCUGCGUCAGGCGGUGCUCCGCCAAGUGCUCCGCCUGCUGCCCCCCAGGGCCAGUGCCACGGACAGCCCUGCGGGGCUCUGCCUGACCAGGAGCACCUGGGAAGCCAGCUCCCUCCGCAGCUCGCGGCACAGUGCCCUCAGCCACUUCUAGACGGCCCAAGUCUUGGAGGCGCCCUCCGGGCAAUAAACCCGUUAUGUUGCGGAGCCCAGGCUGCGGGUCCCAUGGGGGCUGCAGAGGCAUGCCCACUUCCCCCGCUCCGGGAGUGCGAUUCCAAAAGUGGCCACCUGGGGGAGCCCGAAGCCGGGGAGAGGCCUGGGGCGGGGUGGGGCGCGGCUUCAGA